UUUUUUUUUAUUUUUGUUGAAAGUGUUGUUUGUCAUCUUUUUGUUCCUUCUGCUAAUUGCAAUAUAAAAUUACUCUUUCUGUGCGUGGAGAAAGUAUCAAAGUGGAUUAUCUAAUAAAUACAAAGAUGGACGACGAAAGCGAUGACAAGGAUGAUACAAAAAGAAAAUCAAGAAACCUGAGCGAAAAGAAACGUCGGGAUCAGUUCAAUUCGCUGGUAAAUGAUCUAAGUGCUCUAAUUUCGACAUCCAAUCGAAAAAUGGAUAAAUCAACAGUUUUAAAAUCAACCAUAGCAUUUCUUAAAAAUCACAACGAGGCAACAGAUCGUUCGAAGGUUUUUGAGAUACAACAAGACUGGAAGCCCACAUUUCUAACCAAUGAUGAGUUUACACAUUUAAUGCUGGAAUCUUUAGAUGGUUUUAUGAUAGUUUUUAGCAGCAUGGGCAGCAUAUUUUAUGCCUCUGAAAGUAUUACCUCACAGCUCGGUUAUUUGCCAAAUGAUUUGUAUAACAUGAGCAUCUACGAUGUGGCCUAUGAAAUGGAUCAUGAGGCCUUGCUUAAUAUAUUUAUGCAUCCCACACCGGUGAUUGAGCCAAGGCAAACGGAUAUCAAUAGCAGCAAUCAGAUCACUUUCUAUACUCACUUAAAACGCGGCGGAAUUGAGAAAGUCGAUGCCAAUUCCUAUGAGCUGGUCAAAUUUGUGGGUUACUUUCGUAACGAUACCAACACAUUGGCCAGUUCGAGUUCGGAUGGAGGCGGUAGUAGUCAAUGUGUUGCAUCCAACAAUUUGCCACGUAUCUUUCAACAGAAUCCCAAUGCGGAGGUGGACAAGAAAUUGGUAUUUGUUGGCACUGGACGCAUCCAGAAUCCUCAAUUGAUACGAGAAAUGAGCAUCAUUGAUCCCACCAGCAAUGAGUUUACCUCAAAGCAUAGUAUGGAAUGGAAAUUUCUAUUUCUCGAUCAUCGGGCACCGCCAAUUAUUGGUUAUAUGCCAUUCGAGGUGCUGGGCACUUCUGGCUAUGAUUAUUAUCAUUUCGAUGAUCUGGAUAGCAUUGUGGCCUGUCACGAGGAAUUACGACAAACUGGCGAGGGUAAAUCCUGUUAUUAUCGCUUUCUCACAAAGGGUCAACAAUGGAUUUGGCUGCAGACUGAUUACUAUGUUAGCUACCAUCAAUACAAUUCCAAGCCCGACUAUGUGGUAUGCACUCACAAAGUGGUCAGCUAUGCCGAGGUGAUCAAACAGAAUAACAAGCCAACGAAAGGAGGCGGCGGUGGCUCCACCAGCAGCAGCAGCAAAGCAACUUUAACCUCAUCGCAUACAAACACAAACACGAGCAGCAAUAAAUCAGCAACGGCGACAACAACUUUACGGGACUUUGAGCAGAAUAAUUUGGAUAGCUCCCAUUUGGGUGGCAUUGCUAAUAGUUUGUCGACAAGUUUGACCAAUGAAGGCCAAGGUAUUGGCGCUGGCGCCGCUACCAGCAACACUUCACCCAAUAGAAUGGAUUCAUCGCCCAUGUGGUCGGCAUCGGCUGGCGGCAGUGGUGGUCCAACAGGAUCUCAAGCUUGUCAAAUAAAUCCAUUGAAAAUCUCUAGGCCACCGUCAAGCUAUGGAAAUAUAAGUUCUACUGGUAUAUCGCCCAAGGCAAAGAGGAAAUGUUAUUUCUAUAAUAAUCGAGGUAAUGAAUCGGACUCAACAUCAAUGUCAGCAGAUUCAGUGACCAGUAGGCAAUCCAUGAUGACGCAUGUCAGUUCGCAAAGUCAACGUCAACGCUCACACAAUCGAGAACAUCAUUCGUCACAGCAGCAGCAGCAGCAGCAGCAACAACAGCAGCAGCAACAACAGGCCCAACAACAGCCCCAACAACAGCAGCAGCAACAGCAGCAACAACAGCCGCAACAACAGCCCCAACAACAGCCGCAGCAACAGCAACAGCAGCAGCAACACCACUCACAACUAUUGCAAUCGCAACAACAAUUGCAAAUGUCCUCAAAUUCUGGACAACCGAAAUUAUUGCCCAUUUUACCAUUGGCACCCACACAAAUUGUGAGCACCAAUGCCUGCCAGUUUCCUCAGCCCGCUUAUCCCAUAUCAAAUCCACAAUUGGUCGGACCGACAUUCCUGGAACCGCAGCAAUAUCUAACGAUACCAAUGCAACCGGUCAUAGCGCCAUUUCCCGUUGCACCUGUCUUAUCGCCGUUGCCCGUGCAACAGCAUCCGGAAUUGCUGCCACCAGGAGCUGUGGUCAUGACGCCCACACAGAGUCAAUUGCAGGAUCAAUUGCAACGGAAACACGAUGAAUUGCAGAAGCUAAUAAUGCAACAGCAAGACGAAUUGAGAAUUGUCUCAGAGCAAUUGCUAUUGGCCCGCUAUACCUAUCUGCAGCCCAUGAUGCCAAUGAGUUUUGCCGCUGCAGCUGCUGCUGCCAGCAAUAAUGUACAGCGUAAUUUUGGUUUUAACAGCAGUAGCAAUGUGGUUGAACCACAAUUUAAUCAAUAUGGUUUUGCAUUGAAUUCCGAGCAAAUGUUAAAUCAGCAAGAUCAACAAAUGAUGAUGCAACAGCAGCAGAAUUUGCAUAGCCAACAGCAACAGAAUAUGCAUCAGACUCAGAAUCCACAGCAAAUACAGCAACAAGGGCAGCAACAGCAGCAGCAGCAACAGCAACAGCAACAGCAGCAUCAACAGCAGCAGCAGCAACAAUUGCAAUUGCAACAAAGUCAAAAUAGCAUGUUGUCGCGGGAAGAUAUUGAAGAUAUAGAUGCAUUUCUUAAUCUUUCACCGUUACAAUCUUUAAAUCAACCAAAUACCCCUGGCAACAUCAAUUCCAAUCAGCAAUAUAACAAUAGUCAUAACAAUAGUAACAGUCAGCAGCAGCAGCAGCAGCAGCAGACAUCACAGCAGCAACAACAGAACAUCAGUAACAAUCAAACAAAUUCCAACAACAAUAACAACAAUUCAAGUGCACCACAAAAUACAAAUGAAGAUUCAUUAUUAUCUUAUAUGCAAAUGGCCACAGAAUCGAGUCCAUCACUCAAUUUUCAUAUGGGUAUAAGUGAUGAUGGUUCUGAAACUCAAAGUGAGGAUAAUAAAAUGCUAAACAGUCAGCAGCAACAGCAGCAGCAACAACAGCAACAGCAGCAGCAGCAACAGCAGCAACAUCAACAACAACAACAGCAGCAGCAACUUCAGCAGCAGCAACAACUUCAGCAACACCAGCAACAGCAACAGCAGCAACAGCAGCAACAACAACAACAACAACUGCUUAACCAGCAGCAAUCAGCUAGUUUUUUCAACUCAAAUCCCUUUCAAUCUCUCAAUAAUAAUAGUAAUAAUAACAAUAAUAAUAACAACAAUAGUAAUAACAAUAAUAAUAAUAAUAAUACUAAUACUAAUACUAGUAAUCAGAACCAAAUUCAAAGUCAUUUGCCAAACGAUUUGGAAAUUCUACCAUAUCAAAUGUCGCAAGAGCAAUCACAGAAUCUAUUCAAUUCACCCCACACAGCCCAAGGCAAUAGUCAAAACUAACUAACUAAUUCUAAAUCAAAUAUCUUACUCUCACUUUCUCUCUAAAAUAAAACACACACACACACACACAAUAACCAUUUGUAUGUAUCUUUAGUUUAUAUUCCCCUUAUAAACCAAUCUGUGUAUUAAACUAAAUGGUUCCGUUUCGGUUUUGGGCUCUGUCUAUCUCUCUCUUCUUGUAACUUUUUUUUUUGUCAACAAUUAUUUUCAACUUAUUUGUUUAGUCCUCCUCUAUCUCUCUAUCUCUCUUUGAUACAUUAUUUAGUUAAAUUUUUAG